AUGGAAAACGGAUCAUACAGAUAUGAAAUUCUCAAGAUCGAUGGACUGCGGAUCACACGUUACUCGGCUUAUCCCGUGUUCGUUCUUCUUCUCUUGAUCUAUGUGUUUAUUAUGGUGUCUAACCUUGGCAUCGUCAUGAAGAUAGCGAUGGAAAAAGCUCUUCACAAACCGAUGUACCUUCUUUUCUGUAACCUCCCUGUGUGUGACGCACUCAGUGCUUCCGCUGUACUGCCUGGUUUACUCAAAGACAUUCUGACUGAAUCUGACAGGUAUAUCAGCUAUGUCGCUUGUGUAAUUCAAGCCUUCGGGGCUCACUUGUCGAGUACAAGUUCACACACUAUAUUAAUGAUCAUGGCUUUCGACAGGUACGUGGCCAUAUGUGACCCGUUAAGAUACCACACCAUAAUGACUAACAGGAUGGUUGGAAUGCUUUCUGUAAUAGCUUGGGUACCUGCUAUUAUCAUGGUCAUAAUUCUUUUGUCCCUCACUAUUAGGCUUUCUCAUUGUACUUCAACAAUCUCAAAUCCUUACUGUGAUAAUCCUUCACUGUUUAAACUGUCGUGUGAGAAUGUGUUACCUAAUCAGAUCUUUGGCUUGCUUUCUUCAGUCCUGCUUUUGGUUAUGUCGGUAUCCUGCAUCGCUCUUACUUAUAUAAAGAUCGCCUACGUUUGCUUUAAAAAUCAAAGCAGCACAAUGAAGAGUAAGGCUAUAAAAACAUGCAGCACCCAUCUGAUUGUGUAUCUCAUUUUCCUUGUAUGUGGAUGUACCAUACUCAUUUUGCACCGUUUUACAUCUCACGAGGUACUUCGAAAUCUAGCCAGUAUCUUAUAUCAUAUCGUUCCUACAAGCCUGAACCCUGUCAUAUACGGCCUUCAGACCACAGAAAUACGACAGGGGCUCAAGCAGAUUUUCCAGAGGAGGAAAGUGAUUCCAAGAUGA